AUGAAGUUAUCGUUGCUGUUCCAAGCAGCCUGCUUUACUACUACUAGUAUUUCUCUGAAUCAACUCCAUGGAGCACAAGCGCAACCUCUGCUGGUAGAAGGAGAUCUAGGAUGUCUCAACGAUGGCGGUACUAGUGAUGGUGAUACCUGUCGCCCCGCUUCCAGUACUACUGGUGACAAGCCCGUGGGAUCGUUACUACCCUCUCAUCUGCCCGAACCAGUGGUCUUUACCAAUUUUGUGGAGAAUACGACGGUGUCACUUUCCAAUGGUCGCGAAGUGCCAGUGUCUACCGGCACGGUCACACAAAUCAAUCAAUUUGCCAAUUCAGGUAGCAGUAGCAGUACUCUUAAUAGUGCUACUGCCAAUAGCGAAAGUAUCAAUUUGGCCACGGAAUUCUCGGUCCUGCCACAAGCAUUGAGUCGCUCCAGUGUGGACAAUGUCUUGUCCAUCCUCCAAGAUUAUCAAUAUUUGGACGAAGAUCCCGACACGGUCGAUGGCAUGCCCACCUAUGAAAUCUUUGUGGAUUCGCCCGAUCUCUACCAACGUCAGGGCAACAAUAAGGUCCGAGACUCGGAUCCCAAUUUUCUUCCUUAUCGCAUCCAAUUGCGAGAAAAACUCCAGGCCAUUCUCCAACCCUAUCUGACGACUGUAUUGACAACCUUUGUCCAACAACACUACCCGGACGCCUGCAGCAAUAAAGGACCGUCACGAGCCUGUACGCCUUGCUAUUCCCUCAUAAGACGGUAUCGACAUGGAGACAGAGUGUCCCAUGCUACGCACCACGAUGGACAUGCCAUUGUUACGGUCGUCGUGUCGUUAUCGGAUUACGGACUGGAUUAUCGGGGUGGAUUAUAUGUCAGUACCGGCUUUGGACAACACGAAUUCAUGGCAUUGAAAAAGGGCGAUGCCGUUGUACACCAAUCCACACUUCUUCAUGGCGUCAAAGUGUACGAUAAACUCGAAAGGCCCGAAACAACCCAACGAUGGAGUUGGAUCUUGUGGUACCGCGAUUCCACGGCUUGUGCGGAUUACAGUUACGAAUGGUUUGCCGACUGUGCCCAGCGAGGAUCCCCACUGUGUCAACAAUUGCAUUCCACCAAAGUCGGCAGUGUGCCAGGGAUUGACGCCAAAGAUGCCUACAAUCAAGUAUUGGACUUGAAUUUUGCAGCGGCCCGAGGGGGUGCCGGAGGAUCGGCCAUCAAGGUCGCCCGCGCGUAUUUGCAGCAAUUGCCAUCCCGGUUAGAAUUCGAUCAAACCAAGGCGGCAGAGUUUUUUCAAAUGGCCAUUCAAUCGCAUCAUCCCGAUGGACAUUACGGCAUGGCGCACUUGUUACUGGCGCAAGCGCAAUUGCAACAGCAACAACAACAACAAUCGAGUGACAACAAUAUGUACUACCAAGAUGCACUGGUCGUGCAAGCCGUGGCGCAUUUGGAAUCCGCCGCCCAAUUGGGACAUGUUUAUUCGCAAUUCAAUCUCGGCAUGGUUCACACGUACGGAUACGUCACGGGACACAUUAAUGGAACCCUGGCGGCAUCCUGGUUCAUUACCAGUGGGUUGCCGGAAGGAUACUACGUCGCGGCACAACAAGCCAAAGCUGUGGGAGAUCGAGAGCGAUAUGCACAAUUGGGACAACGAGCGCAUGCGCUGGGAUUCAUGGCACCCUGGAGAAAACAAGCACGACAACACACGGGAUCGGGGGGAGCGGCCGGGGUCGAUCUCAAUCUGCCCUGGCCCACUGCCAUGGAUGGACGACAACCACCCAAGUUGUAG